AUGCUGUUGGUGACCUUCGGCAACAGCUCCGCCUCGGGCUACGCCGCCAGCUGCGCCUGCGCCCCGGUGGGCUUCGGUCCGCUGAGCCAACUGCAGCUGGAGCAGCGCUGCGAAACGACCAACAGUCGCCAGGCGUGCAGUUUCCCCAGCUUCGUAGAUUUGGAUGAUCUUCGCCACACGGACCUGACCCGCGCGGGUCGUUUCGACGACGCAUGUCACAAGAACGCCUCAGCACACUUCAGUGUGAACCUCCAGAAAGGAAGACCUUACCUGCUCAGAUUCCAGGUUCGACAUUCUGAGAACAAAUUGCCAGUAGAUUUGAUGAUUGGUCACCAACGCACCAGCAUAGCAGCAGCUACCAAUGCCUGGUUGGAGCGAUCCUUUCGAGCAACAACCUCUGGCCUGGUUCAGAUGCGGAUCCGAGCACCUUGUGCUUCGCUGGGAGAGGUGCAAUUUGCAAGCUGCAAGGAAGACACAAGCGGCGCCCGUUUGGCAGAUAUGCUGGCUCUUGCAAGCAAUCAUGGCAAGCACAAGAUGAACGCAGAUCUUGCCCCGAGUGAUGCAGCCGCUGCAAAGCCCAGUGAAGCGGCGAAGCCCAGCGAAGCCACGAAGCCGGCGGCGAAAGCUCUGGAAGCGAAAGCGGCCGCACCGGCCCCAGCAGAACCAGACCAAAAGGACGUAACCAUUGAGGAACUGAAAGAUCGGGUCAAGGAGGACGAGGAUAAGAUCGUGGAACUGGAGUAUGAGAAGAACCACGCAGAGAUGGAAAAGAAGGACGCAGAAGCGGCUGCGGCCGAGCCUGGUGGUGGCACAGUGCCCACGUGGCUGGCGGCGGUCACGGUCGGUUUGGUCUUCAUUACUGGGCCUCUUCUUAAGAUGAAGGCCGCGUACUUCGGGGCGCUUCAGACUGCCAUGGCAGGAUGGUUUGCAUUUCUUAUCGACACAAUUUCAGCAUCGCAGAAGGCCGCAGCCGCAACGCCCAAAGCCAAGCCGAAAGCGGCUCCAAAAGGAGCAGCGAAGGCAACAGCGAAAGCAGUGCCGAAAGCCGGAGCCUUGGCUCCGAAAGCCGGAGCAAAAUCCAAAGCGGUGGCCAAGGCCAAAAGCGCUGGAAAACGGCAGGUACCAGAAGUGUCCUUCAAACAGCUCAAGGCCAUCCUGAGGUCUGAAGCUCAGUCCAUUGAUAUCCCGAAGCGGCUGACGUUUCAAGUUGUGGGCCUGGAUGGAAGGAUCACAGACUUCUGUUUGCCUCAAGACACUUUGGGGCGCGACUUGUUGGAGACGGUUCGCAAGGAGCUGCCAAAGCCCGGGGCGAAGCUUGUCUUGUUCUUCAGAGAUUUGCCGAUCUCUUUGACAGAAAGAUUGAAAGAGAUCUUGGCUGGCGAAACUGGCACAUUGUCCUACAGCUAUCAACAGAUCAAUGUGCUUCAAGCCUGGAGCGCCCUGGUAGAGACCGGCGACGCGGAGUGCCUAGAGGGGAUACGUCACAUCACCUAUGGACUGCGCAGUUUUCACGAUGCGCUGGUUUCGUUUCCACGCAGUUUGAAGACUUUGACGUUGGACGAAGAUUUUAAUCAACAUUUGGAGCACGUGUCUCUGCCAGAAGGUCUGAAGAGUUUGCGGUUCGGCUGUGAGUUCAACAGGAGUUUGGAGCGCGUUUCUUUGCCGAGCAGCCUUGAAGACUUGACUUUUGGAUACUGUUUCAACAAGCCCCUGGACCAUGUAAAGCUUCCCGAUGGCCUGAAGCACCUGACGUUCGGAUCGAAUUUUCAGCAGAGUUUAGAGCCGGUCAAGCUCCCACAAUUGCAAAGCCUCACUUUCGGCGAAGGCUACAACCAACCUCUGCGUGGAGACCUCCCCAGCCUUCGAUCCUUGACCUUUGGGGCUUGGUACAAUCAGUCCUUGGAGGGUGUGGAACUGCCAGAGGGCCUCGAAAGCUUGCGUUUCGGGCGCCAAUACAAUCGCAGCUUGAAGAAGGUACAACUACCAGCAGGUUUGAGAACCUUGAUCUUUGGGUAUGGCUUCAAUCAGAUCUUGGACGAAGUGAAGUUUCCUGAAGCUUUGCAAACUUUGACCUUUGGAGAUGGAUUUAAGAAAAGUAUGCAUAACGUGCUGCUUCCAAGCAGUCUUCGAAGCCUCAUCUUCGGCUCAGCAUCGGAUCCGAUGUGGCGUCUAAGUCAUGUGACACUGCCCAGCAAUCUACAGAUUUUGUCGAUCUCGGCUUUGGAUGGCGUAGAUCUGCCAGGCACAUUGGAAAGUUUGACGAUUGGAUGCCUGAAAGGCGUUCAUUUGGACUGUUUGCCUCAGCUUCGGAGCUUGAACUUCACAAACGUUUCGCGCUCUCCGAGCAUUCAACAAGUGCCACUGCUGGAAUCAAAGCUCGAGAGUUUGACCCUUGGAGGAUCUUUCAACGAAAACCUGGAUUUCGUGGCCUUCCCCGGCACCCUACGACAGCUUCGUUUGGGCGACCGCUUCGACCAAUCCUUGGAGUUCGCUGAGUUGCCGAACGCCUUGGACUCCUUGAGUUUUGGCACAAACUUCAACCAGCACUUGGAGGAUAUGACACUUCCUUCAAGAUUGCAACAUCUGACACUGGGCACGACAUUCAACCAGAGUCUGGAGCACGUGAAGUGGCCGAGCAGCUUGCAGAGCAUCACUUUUGGUUUUCAGUUCAACCAGAAUUUGGAGCAUGUUGUGUGGCCCAACAGUUUGAGAAGCUUGACUUUUGGUCCACUUUUCAAGCAGAAUUUGGAGAACGUCAAGUGGCCCAGCAAUUUGCAGUCGCUGACGUUCCACAGUCUUUUCAACCACAAUUUGGAGAAGCUGGCAUUUCCGGCCAGCUUGCAACACCUCACCUUGGGCAAGUUGAGUCAGAGCGCAGGGCAGUUACACUGCGCUUCUCUGCAGAGCUUUUCAGCCAACGAUGUGUCUGUGGCCCUUUGA